UUUCACUCGCAGCCCGGGCCGAGAGUGCCAGGGAGGAAGGAUCCCGUCCGGUGACGCAAACAGAAACUUCCCCCGCGCCACCCGUCCCCGCGCGUCACGCCGAGCGGGGGGCCGCGGGCUCUGCCUGCCGUCACCCGGCUGCCGCCCGGGACGGGCCUCCAGACGGGGCUGCGCGGCGGGCGGAGGAUGGCGGACGGCGAGUUCGGGUUCGUCCUCACGCUGGCCCAGGACUACAUGGGGCACGUCCUGCAGGUGCCGCCGCCGCAGCCGAGCCGAGCGUCCGAGGUGCUGCAGGGCGUGGCCUCCUCGGUGCAGGGGGAGGUGGAGGAGAAGCUGCGGCCGUGGCUGGACACGGUCUCCGUGGUGUCGGUGGACGCCGCCCGGACGGUGUUCCAGCAGGUGAUGGAGAAGGAGUUUGAAGACGGCGUGGUUAACUGGGGGAGGAUCGUGACCGUAUUCGCGUUCGAGGGCGUCCUCCUCAAGAAGCUGCUGCGGGAGCGAGCGGCCCCGGACGUGGACGCGCGGACGGUCUCCCACUUCGUCGCCGAGUUCGUCGUGAGGCACACAGGGGAGUGGAUCCGGCAGAACGGAGGCUGGGCUCUCCAGGGUCACGAUGGGGCGCCCUGCAGCUGGUCCCUGUCCUCCCUCCCCCGCCCCCGACUCACCCUGGCCCGGGCUGGAUGGAGCACGGGAGGUGGUGCGUCCAGCUCUCUUCCCCGUGGGUGAUGGGCGACAACCCCACCGUGCCCCCGGGCUUCCGGCGAAGGCAAAACUGCUGCAGAGACGGCGUGGGAGCCCGCAGCGGCUCUGUCGGGGCUCAGACUGCGUCCUGGGGCCUCCCUCGGUAUUCGGAGCACAUGCUUUGUGGUGAACGUCACUAAAAAUCUAACCAGUCGA